AAUUCUCCUAAAGCUACCGAAAUUCCUCCCCAUUUUUCUGUAAAAUUCGGACAUCACAGGGGCAGCCACUACAUGGAUAAUUCAACGACUAACGGAUGAUUUUAGGCUCAAAGGGGGCUGUCACAUACUAUAAAUCCAGCAAGCAAAAACCGGAGUGCAGAUUGGGGAGUGUUGGAGUUAAUCCCGAUUUUGAAGCUAAUUGUUUUGAAUGAGUCCUAGUUAGUGGAGUUUAUGUGUCCUACUAUUGUGGUUGCUGAUAACCACGUUUCCUUAUCUUUAAGUUUCAGUUUGUAGUGGCUAGAAAAUAGGAGUUUAUGCUUUAUAAAUAGGCAGUUGUUAUUCAGUUUAAUGUGUAAUUAUCUUCAUCUAUUUCCAGCAAUAGAAGUGCCUCUUUCUUCCUCUGUUCUGCUCUAUUUUUGGUUGUUUUGCUUUUAUCUCUUCUGCUACUUCAAUUGGUAUCAGAGCCUUACACAAUGAAUGGCUCAAAUCAGA